UUUAAGGAGUUAGGUAUUCUCUUUUUGUUUUCCCCCAAACGAGCGAGCGUCGUCGGAAGACUCGGAACCGCCACCUCCUUCUUCUUCGUCCACGCACUCGCCGGCAUCUCCGCCUCCUCCUUCUUCCUUUAUCUUUCUCCUCGUAUUUCCUCUUCUCCUCCCAAUACCAGCAUCAGCAACUUCUCCUCCCCUUCCAGCCCUCUCCCAGCCGCAGCUGCUUCUUCCCAGCAGCUUCUUCCUCUUUUUCCAAGUAAAAAACAGCAGCAGCCCCCUUUUGUUCCUUUUUCUUCAGCCAACGGCAACAGUUCCUGCCUCUUCUUCCCAGCAGCUUCUAUUCACCACCGCUGGCUGGCUGAGCCAAGGGAGAGAGCCACCGGCCCUCUUUUUGCCCUAACUAAGAAGGAUAAUAGGUUUCUCUCCAUUUUCGAACCUCUUGGCAUCGGUCUUUGUAUCAACAAAACAACUCCAUUGUAUGUCGGCCGGGAAUGGUGCCAGAAGGGCCUAUGGCUGAAGAGCAUCUAGCAACAUCAAUAGGGGAACUGACUCUUGAAAAAGUUGUUGUUUCAUCCAUUGGAUUUGAAGAAAAUGUUCAAAUCGAGCAUGCGUCUGAUGACUGUUGGUUUGAUGAUGAACCUCCUGUUGAGACUUCAGAUGCCGAGUUAAUCAGAGAGCAGAAGUGGCGCCAUGACCAUUUUUAUACAAUGGGUUAUCGAGAUGGUAUAUCUGCAGGCAAAGAGGCUUCUGCCCAAGAAGGCUUCAAUGUGGGCUUCAAGCAAUCCGCACAUGAUGGUUAUAAAUGGGGCAAUGUUAGGGGCAUUGCAAGUGCAUUUGCUAGUCUUCCCGAUGAUUCAAAGAAGAAAUUGUUGAAGAAAUUUGACGAUAAAGAAAAAUUUCACAGUUUAUACGAGUCGGUGCAAGCAAUUUCCACCGACAAUGCUCUGAAAAUAUAUUAUGUCCAUCUCUUGCAAAAUGAUAAGCAAUUCAAAGAACAACUGAAAGGGAAUCCUCAAGAAUCAGCAUCAGCAUCAGCAGGUAAAGAAUCAAACUCUGAUGAGUUAAACUUCCUUCUCGAGGUUCUUACAUCACUCGUUCAUGAAUCUUCAAGAAUCAAGUCGAGUAUUGUGGAAAAGAGUGGGUUUGAUAACAAGUAGCAUUGUUUAUGCAAAUUCAGCACUAUGAUUUGAUACUAUAAUUAGAUAUUUGGAGUUAAGUGAAUACUUGAUAAGUUAAGUUGUGGGAUCUGAUUGAUUGAUUAGCUUGUAAAACCAAAUUGUGGUAAUGGGAAUCAAAAUUUUGAUUGGGUUAGAUUGUAGCGGGAUGUAACUUGAUUGAUCAUUUAGUCUAUAUCCCCCAAAAGUGAUUUAUUAA